AUGAAAAGACAAUGUUUCAACUUUUGCCUAUUAUUUCUGUUUCAACAUUUGUUGUAUUGACUAUCCAACUCCACUUUUCAUCCAAUAAAAUGAAGUUUCAAGUUUCUCCCUGUUCUUGUAACCCACAAGAUUGCAUUUGCUUUCUCAUCUAUAAAAUGCCUUCAAUCUAAUCCCAAAAGUUCUUGCUCCUCCUCCUCUUCUACUGUUGCUUCUCAUGUCAAAUCCAGUCCAAGAUUCUUCUUCUUCUUCUUCUUCUUCUUCUGGUGGUGUUGAUACCAACAACGAUAACCACAAUAAACGCCAAAAACACAACCCACAAGAAUCUCAAUCUCAGCCUCUGAUUCCAGGCCUACCUGAUCACAUAGCACAACUUUGCCUCUCCCAUGUCAACAAUCCAUUACUUCUCUUCUCUGUUUCUCAUUCAUGGCGUCGCCUUCUCUACUCCCCUUCUUUCCCUCCAUUUCUUUCUCUCUACGCAAUCUUCUACUCUGCUUCAGAGACUGACGAAUUCAAUACACAUCCCAUCAAAGUCUUAGCCUUUGACCCACUCUGUUCUAGGUGGUCCAAUCUCCCUCCUCCUCCGCCUGACCCGCCUCUCCACCUGCUCCUCCGCCACCCCGCUUUCAUUUCCAGGAAUCUCCCUAUCCAGUCAGUUUCCGCCGCCGGUCAGCUCAUACUUCUUGCGGCCACUGACAGUACUUUUCUUCCUGCUCUGUCUCGCCCACUGUGUUUCGACCCACAAUCUAUAUCUUGGGCUUUUGGCCCUCCGAUUGACACUCCACGCCGGUGGUGCGUCGCCGGAGUCUGUGCUGGCGCGGUUUAUAUGGCGAGUGGGAUGGGAUCGCACUUCUCCUACGAUGUGGCCAAGUCAGUUGCAAAAUGGGACUUGAACACAAAGAAAUUCUCCGUCGACGGUGGCGGUUCCGCCGGAUCUGAGGCCAAGAUGGCCGUCGAUUGGAAGUGGGAAAAAUUGAAGGGAUUGAAAAAUGGGAGAUUUUGCAGGGACGCCAUUGACGCUGUUGGAUGGAGAGGGAAGCUCUGCAUGGGGACUUUUCUCGCAAAAGAAGGGUUUGUUUACGACAUGGAGGACACGUGGCAGAAGAUGCCGGAAGGUAUGGCGGCCGGGUGGAGGGGACCAGCGGCGACGAUGGAUGAGGAGGUGAUGUAUGUGGUGGAGGAGGCCAAAGGUGUGUUGAGUAAGUAUGAUCCAGAGAAAGAUCAUUGGGAGGAUGUGAUCGAGUCCGAAAGGCUUGAAGGGGCAAGGCAAAUUAGUGCCAGUGGUGGAAGAGUUUGUGUUGUUUGCAAAGGUGGGAGGAUUGUGGUGGUUGAUGCGGUGGCUCCAGCGCCGGAGAGGGUAUGGGUGGUGGAUACUCCGCCGGGUUUGGAGCCUGUCUCGGUCCAUAUCUUGCCAAGGAUUAGUCGGUCGGCCCCGGAAUGAUAUUUUUUUUUUCUUCCUUUAGUAUUUUGAAAAAUUAAUAUUUCUUUAGUUGAGUGAGAUGAGAUAAUGGUGAAGCAAAAUUCGUUGAUUCUUUGAGUCCACACACGUCCAAAAAGCUACUUUCAAAAAUGAAAGACAUGGGAGACUGACAGAUGUCAAAAUAUGAGAGUUCAAGUUCUGUGAUUCAGAUUUUUAUUUUAUUUUUGAUUUAAUUGGGUAAAGACGAAUCCCAGGACCAGGAGCAUUGAAUUGCAAUUCAUGUUGAACGCAUGAAACUACUUCGAAAAAGAUAAGCUUUUUACUGGCAUAAAUAUAUGCCAUAGCACACGUCACAUUUUCAUAUAUUACAAUAAAAGAUUUUCCAAACCAAAGUUUCGUGUGAUCAAAACAGAAAGCUCCAUAAGCACUCAACAUAUUGCUCUAUGAUCGUACCAUCUUCAGACAUAUAAUCCAAACCAACUAAAACAAGCGCAGCACAUUCGGAAAAUGCAGAACCAAGGCCCUGACAGGAAACAUAUCA